UAUCAUCUCACUCUCGAGGAAGGUUGUUGUACAUUAGCGACUAUCAGCAGACGCGAACGGAGACGCAUGAGAAACACCGCGUGAAAGCCGCGAAACAGUGCGAGGAGCCAGCAAAGGUGUGCUUGAGAAUCAAAAGUGCGGAAAGGAGGAAACUUCACACAAACUAUGGCCGUAUCAGCAACUCCCCCGGUGCUUUCACCGACAUCCACUCCCGGGGGCUCGAGCAGCCUCUUCCGUCCCGACUCUCUGUACUCCAGCCCGGCCGAGUCCCCGCGACUGACCAGCAGCAUGAUCAACUCUUUCAUCACCGGCACCGGCGGCGGCGGCAGCGCUAACGGCAACGGCCCCGGCGGCGUAAAUAACAACGAGUGUAAGAUGGUGGAGGUGCACGGGGUGAAAGUGGCCUCGUUCACCGUGGACGGCCAGGAGCUCAUCUGUCUCCCGCAGGUGUUUGACCUGUUCCUGAAGCACCUGGUCGGUGGGCUGCACACCGUCUACACCAAGCUGAAGCGGCUGGAUAUAUGUCCGGUGGUGUGCACGGUGGAGCAGGUGCGGAUCCUGCGCGGACUCGGAGCCAUUCAGCCGGGCGUGAACCGGUGCAAACUCAUCACCCGAAAAGACUUCGAGGCGCUUUAUAACGACUGCACCAAUGCCAGUUCUCGGCCCGGUCGUCCCCCCAAGCGCUCUCUCGGUGUGGCAAUGCAGGACAGCUCUCGUCUGCUCCCUCACAGCGUUCACGGCCUGCUUUCACCCGGUCUGCUUUCCCCGACAGUGGCUCUCUGGAGAAAUGGUUCGUUUGAAGGGGCGGGCCGCAUUGAAGACCUGGACGUAAACACCCACUGCUAUGAUUGGACGGCUUCAUUCCCCGUCAUUACAGGUCUGACAGCAGCGGCCAUGGCAGAAGCUAUGAAACUUCAGAAAAUGAAGCUGUUGGCCAUGAACAACAUUCACGGAGCUGGAAGUCAGAACGGUACAGAGUCCGAGACAGAAGAGCUGAACUCCAGCGCGGGCGGUAGUGAGUCUUCCUGGGAUAAAGAGAAACUCCAGUCCCCCCCCUCCGGAGCUCAGCACGGUCUGGCUCACGCCGGGCUCUCCGCUCAGCACGGCCUGUCAGGGUCUCAUCUCUCCUCCCUACAGCAGAGUCAUCUUCUGGCUAACCGGCUUGACCUGCCGUUUAUGAUGAUGCCCCACCCCCUGCUGCCCGUCAGUCUGCCGCCUGCCUCCGUUGCCAUGGCGAUGAACCAGAUGAACCACCUGAACACCAUCGCCAACAUGGCAGCGGCCGCUCAGAUGCACAGCCCCCUUUCCAGAGCAGGAGCGUCUGUCAUCAAGGAGUGUGUUCAGGACAGUCCAUCUCCUACCCCAUCUCUGGAGGAAGGCCCUCGCCCCGGAUCACAGCCCUCAUCACACCCCAGCAGCAGUGUGUCCAGCUCCCCGAACCCACACACACAGAGCCCUGAACGCCUGGUUCUGAACUCGACCGAUGGAGAACUGCCAGAACGAGAGACGGGCAUCAACAUGAAGAAAAUCCUCAAAGAAAAAGAUGAGGCUCAGUUAGCAUUGCCCAUCCAGAAGCAGGGGUUCGAGAAACUUUCUCUGGGCUCUCAGCAACUUCCUCCAGGCUUCCCCGCACCCUUCUUGUUUGGAGACGGCCUCUCUUCUGUGGAGACGUUGCUCACUAACAUCCAGGGUCUGCUGAAGGUGGCCGUGGAUAAUGCCCGUGUGCAGGAGAAACAGGUGCAACAGGAACGCAAGGAGUUAAAGAUGGAGCUGUACAGAGAGAGAGAGAUAAGAGAGAGUCUGGAGAGACAGCUCACCUCUGAACUGCAUAGCCGAGCAACUAUUCAGAAGCGUCUAAAGAAGGAAAAGAAGGCAAAGAGGAAACUGCAGGAGGCUUUAGAGUUCGAGUCCAAGAGGAGAGAGCAGGUGGAGCAGGCUCUCAAACAGGCCACGUCUCCCGAGAGUCUCCGCAUGAGUCUGAACGAGGCGGUGAUACCAGAGGUGAAGUCUGAACAUAAUGGCAACCAGCAGGAGAACUCAGCUGUACAAGAAAACAGACCCUACUCCAAACCUCCUAUCAUGUACUGAAACCUCUGGCUUUUUCAGUCCCACAGUGGAGACAGACACCCAGCUCACCCCACAGACAGACUGGACUUAGACAGAGAGGAUUGUGGGCUUUUCCCCAGAAGACGGCGGUGCGGGUGUUGAAUAGCAGUCACCUGAAACUCGUGUACAGGACUUGAGUGUGUAUGUACGUAUGUGUGUGUGUUAAGGUGCAGUGUGUGAGACACGUGUUUGUGUCUGGAGCACUGCUUGUUGGCGACCUUCAACAUACAAACUUGUAAAAAGAUCUCUCUCUUUUUGACUACUUCUACAUCCAACACUUUUUGAGACUAUAAUAAUUGUUUAUUCCGAAUAAAACUACAGUAAUGGAUAAAUUAUCUUUCUGUGAAGCACACCAAACCACCCUCCUAUUAUUAUUAUUAUUAUUAUUAUUAUUAUUGGGUGUUAUCUGCUGAUCCCCAUGAUUCUGUGCACCAGUGAUUCUGAACAGCACAACAGUCAGUAGACGUUUGUCCACAGCACCUCUACAGGGAUACAAGAGACGAAUGGUGUGGACAAUGAUGAAAGGACUGCAAAUCAAAAGUGUGCUUCUUUAAUAAACAUUGUCUAAAUUUGUUGUUUUGUCUGUACAUGAAAGGGACUCUAUAUCAACAUACUUCCUUUUUCUAAUUUGUUGUAUUUUUUUAGAAAGUGUAGAAAUGUUUUCCUUCCCCAUGUUUAUUAUCCUGGUGUUUAUUUUGUUAUCUGGUUUGUUGUUUUCAUCGUACUUUAAUCAGCAUUUCAAACAGAUGCUUAAGUGAUCCUGAAAGACGUCCUCUGUACACCUUUGUAUUCUUUUGUUUUGCCCCCGCAACAAUGUUUUCCCUAUUUCUCCUUAACUUAAAAAGUAAGUGUUCAUUUGAUGUUCCUAUAAACACAGUAUUACAGUGCCCCCCUUCUUGUUUUUAACUUUGUUUAUAUAAAGACUUGUAAAAAUGCUUUAGCGUUUGCUAUCCUGAUGUUGUUAUUAUGUGGAUACGUUUUUAGUGACGAAAAAGAUAAGAGACGAGAAUUACCCUUAUGCACAUUUGAAGCGAGCAUGCUUGUAAAUACAAUGAUGAAAAAUGACACGUAUCAAUUGAAAAUUAAACGCUGCCUCUUCAAAUCUAUUUUUAAACAUUUGUAGAGACUCCAUAGGUAAUGUAAUCACGAAUCGGCAGCUAUCAAUGAUGUUGAACUUUGUUUUAAAAUGGCGACAGACACUUAUUACAGCCUUGCACAUGCCACAAUGAAUAAAACACCCCUAUGGACAUCUUGGUAGGUUUUCAUUUUUGUUUUUCUUGAGUAA